GUCAAAUCUAGCCAUCAAUCAGCUAAGUCAGUGCCACAGAGUACUUUCUAUUUAUAAUGUCAGUGCUGUGUUUUUUGUGAAAUUGAUUUUCAUAUUUUUCAUAAUAAAUGUACAUUGCAAAUGAUACCUAGUUAUUAUUAUAAAUUAAAAAAUAGGUUGUAACAUUAUAUAGAAUAUGUUUGCCAUAGUUGUCUUGAAAUUUAUUAUUUAAGUAAUUUCCUAAAAUCAAGAGUGAAUUAAAAAAUGGAUUUGAGAGACAUCAAUACAGAUUCCCAAGAUUCUGGAGAACCGGCACCGCCUGGAACUACAGUAACCGUUGAUAAAAAGCCUAAUCCCUUAAUGCAAAAUGUAACAUUGUCACCAUUGGCAAGUCCAUCUAGCCCAGGGAUGCUUCAAGCCAAGAAGAAACUGCGCGCCUUCUCCAUACAGAAGAAGGUGGUGAUCCCCACUCCGAUCACAGUGCCUAAACCCAUGACCAGUGGAAGCACAACAGUUCUCAUUGGCAAGCUGAGUGGUGUGAAGGUGACUCCGAAGCCGGACCCUGACCCUGACGUUAAGAAGCCUCCGAAACCCCCUAAGCCAGGAAAUCACAGGAAGCUUUGCCAAGAAAAUUACACAGAGAUACAGAAGAAGAAUGUGGCAGAAAUCGAGGACAUGAAGCGUAAAAUGGAGCUGGUAGAAUUGGGUAUACCCCUGGGUCUGAUCUGUCCCACGUCCAGCAGUGUGCACGCACAGGCCAUGCCCACUAAGGCCAUGCCGCCCAUCAAAUCAUUCUUAGAUCCCGCGAAAGUAGACGACUUGAUUCGUGAAGCAAAGAAAGCAAAGGCAGAAGGCAAAGACUUCAAAUUCAAUCUUGCCAAGUUCUUGCCUGACUACGAUAACCCUUUCCAACGAAAAAAAGAUAAGGACGAAGAAGGACAAGAUGAGAAAAAAGAUAAUAAAGAUACUGGUAGAAAAGAAAGCAGAUGGAAAAGUGAUAGGUAUGAUUUUAAGAGACACAAUGAUCAUCGGAAAAAGGAUGACAAAGGCAAAUAUAAAGAUAGGAGUAAAGAUAGAGACAAGAAAGAGAAAAUUAGAGAAGACAAAAAAGAAGAAUUUAAAAGAGAGGAAAGACCGAAGGAGAAAUCUGUUAAGGAUAAUAAAGAUGUUAAAGAAACCGAUGUGAAUUUGAACGAUUAUUUAGUUUGUGAUAGUUGGUCUUUGGAUACUGAAGAAAAAACUAACAGUUCAAGUCCUAAAGUUAUUGACAAAUAUGCGAAAUCAAUGGCUUCUAUUCCCCUGCCCGAUGAAGAACCCAAAGAAGUAAUUGAGAAACAUAAAGGAACUAAGAAAGUUGGUGAGAAACCUGUAACUAUAGACCUAGUGAACAUCCCGAAAAAAGUAGAAAAGCUAAAACCAGUGAUGGAUUCUUUCAAAUAUGAAUUAGAUUCGAAUGAAGAUGAAGUUCUCGAUAUAUUUGAUGAAGACACGGAAAUAGAUAAAUAUGCUAAUCCAACUAUAAAAAAGAACAAAUCGUUUGAUUCGCCAGUUUCUCUGAAGCUUUACGAUUAUGACCAGGAGCCUACAACAGCGGACGAUGAGAAUUUUUUGGAGUCUGUCAUAAAUGAGAUAAAGCAGGAGGAUAUGAGUGAUAUAAGUCAGGAUAAAGGCCUAGUCGAGUAUGACAUGUCUCCGUCCAAAGACGAUGAGGAUAUAAGUAGACCAGAUGUCCGGGAAUCUGUGACUCCGGAGUUGGAUGAUCGGAUGAGGGGCUUGAGAAGUCAGCAAAGUUCUUACUCUGAUGGGUACAGGUCAUCGGAAAGUGGGUACAAGUCUAGAGAAAGUGGGUACAAGUCUGACAGAUCGGACAGUUUUAGGUUGUCUGUGGAGAAGGAGCUGGAUGAAGCGUUGGAACGGAACAUGUCUAAGAGCACAGUGGAGUCGCUGGAGACAUGGAGCUUCAUCUUGAAAAUAUGCCAGCCGCUGCUGUUUAGGCACGAUAAAAAUAAGUGCUACAGGGAGACGCACACUACCCCCAAGCUGUGGUUCACGGAGAACCCCCGCCGCUGUUCGUGCGUGAAGGACCGCGCCGUUGUCUAUGACGAGCUCGAGACCUGCAAGAUGCCGCUGGUGGACAGAGUCUAUGGCAUAGACCAGAUACCUGAGCAGCCGGCGGGUAGCAGCCAGCAGUGGUACCCGCGCGCGCGGAGCUGGGCUGGCCGCGUGCCGCUGAGCUGCGAGUGGGACACCGACGAGCCGCACGACACUCCGCGCACGGAGGAGGUCUACCUCGACCAGGAGUACCAGAGAUUCAUGGAAGCGGUGUGGCCCGAAGCGAGCGACAGUAAGCCGACCACGCCGCCCAACACCACGCCGGUGAAGGAGGCGAGGAAGAAGAAGAAUGAUGAUGGAGAAGACAAGAGGAAGGCGAAGAAGAUGAAGAUCAGCAGUGAAGGGUGGAGCCAGGAGUCUGAGGUGGAAGAAGACACUGACAAAACCAAAAAGGCGAAGAAGGAACGUCGCAAGCGCAAGCUGUCCGGCACCGUGACGGAGACUGACAGCGACAGCGGACGGAAACGGAAGCGGGUGGCCAAGAAAAAGGCUAACAAGAAAACCAAGGCGAAAGAGGCCAAGCGUAGACGUUUGAGCAAGAAGUACCUGCGGAAACUGAAGGAGAAGAAUAGGAAGAAGAAGAAACAAGCAAAAGAGAAGUCCGAGGCAGAGUCGGAUGAUGAUCAAGAAAAGAAUAGGGAGAAGAAGGCGAAGAAGAAGAAACAACUGAAACUGAAGAAGGCGCAAAAGAAGAAGAAGGCUCGCACCAAAUCCACUUCGAGCUCGUCCUCGUCCAGCGACAGUUCUUCUGAAAGCUCCUCCGACGAGAAGAGGAAGAAGAAGAUUGAGAAGAAACUGAAAAAGAAAGAGAAGAAACGCAAGCAAUCGUCAGACUCCACUCAGAGCGAGGAACUGUUCGACGUGAACAUAUUGAACAAUAUCAAGACAGAAAGAGAGACGGACGACGAUAAGAGGAUGGUGUUCUCGCCCCGGAGGCAGGAGGAGAGGCCGCGGGAGAUCAUCAAUGUUAAGGAGUUGCAGAAUGACUUCGUCGGCAACAAUAUCCAUAUUAAGCAAGAGAAAGAAGAGAAAGCAAGGGAGAAGGAGGUCACGCCGGAAGUGGAGAGUGUCGUAACACCGAUCAAGGAACCGCAAACAGAAGAUAAGAUGGAGUUUAAGGAACCAGAACCCCAACCCCUCCAAGACGCACACAGGAGCACCCCCCAGCCGGUCACGACCCCACAACCCAGAACCACCCCGGAGGAUACCCCCCAGCCCGAGGACCACUCGCAGUCCUCGCAGGAGUCCCUCUCCGGCAAGGUCCAGUACGAGAAGGACGAUAGCCACCUGAGACCUUCGUCCCAGAACUCUAACUAUAGCUUCAACGAUGUGAUCGCCAGCCACGCUUAUCAGAAAGGAGAGGAGAUUCCCCGGCUGGGCUACCAGAAAGACGAGGAUAUGAUGACGGCUGAUUCGUACCAGAAGGACGAGGAUUAUGAGCCGGCCAAUUAUGAGAUGUACGAGCAAAUGGCUAUGGCCUACCAGAGCGACGUGGCCAGCAAGUCGGAGAUGCAGGCGGAGACAGCGCAGGCGCAGGCGCAGGCGCAGGCGCAGGCGGCGUGGCAGCGCAUAGAGACGGUGGUGCGCGCGCGGCGCGGCGAGAUCAAGUGCGACUGGCGCGCGGGCGACGCGUCGCAGGCGUCGCAGCCGCCGCAGCCGCCGCGGCGCUCGCGCUGGGGUCUGAAGCCAGGGGAAGUGAACAUAGUGCUGACGGGCGGGGACCAGUACCCAGAGCCCGUCUACAAGAUCGAGAGCAUCGCCAACCGCAGCGCCGACAACGCCAGCAUGAGUUACGACGAAGCCUACAUGGACACGUACGGCGCGUCGGACCGGUUGCAGUACGGCGACUGCUUCUCCACGCAGACAUUGUCCGGACCGGGCGUUCUGGCCGGACCACUCGGUCUGUCCGGACCGCCGCAGACCGAACACAAGCUCUCCAAAGACCCCAGAAGGAGUACGCUAGAUGCUCGGAUCGAUCUUGCGCUCAAGAACACUGUUUUAGGGGAAGUAGCGAAUGAUAAAAACGAAGAGUGCAGGGAGGCGCCGGAUAAAGGGAUACUUGUCAGCAAGGCGUGCGAGGGUAGGGUGACCAAGCGCGUGAGUUUCGCGGACGGCUACACGCCCGGACAGGACUCCGACGUCGAGGCGCCGCCCAAGAAGAAGAAGAAGUCCCGGCGCUACGGUUGCGCGUGGCCGUGUCCGGCGACGCACCCGGACCACGUGCCGCUGUGGGACGCGCUCCCCCCGCCCCCGCCGCCCGCCUCGCCCCCACCACCCACGCUCAACAUGCCGCCCCCGCAGCUCCUGUCUACGUUGAGGAGGCCGAUGCAGGGGAACCUGCUAAACGAUCAGAUGUUGCAGCAGUUGGCGCAUCAUCAGCAGAAAUUUGAUCCGAACACAUCGCUGCCGCCGUUCAUGCCUCCAGAACCACCUCCCGGACUGAUCAAUUUCCACUAAAAAAUUCUACACUAGUGAUAUCAACACAAUUUCUACACUAGUGACAUCAAAUUGGUUUCGGUGGCAACGCAUUGAUUUCACGACGAAAUUUGACGUUUACACGUGAAGUUUUUGACGAAAUUAGUGUCAUGAAACUAUUUUCGUGUCACUGGGUGUCGUAAUGAAAAUCAUCUAUAGCUAGUUUUAAGGAUAUUCUAAUUAUCUAGAUGUAAGAAUUAUGUGACUCGCAUUCGAUGCGUGCCGUUUGCUUUUAUUCAGUGACAUGUAUGACAAUAUACGCAGAUUGUGGAAACAACUGUAUUUUAUUUACCAAGAUCAUAGUAUGUUGAAAUUUUUAAAAUUUAUUCAGCAGAUUGUUAUCUGAUGAAUAAAAUUGCCAGUUACUCAAUAUUUGUGAAAUAAAUUUUUUAACACUGUCUGUUCGCGAUAUGUUACACCGGCAAUACUUUAUCAGCAAGAGGUGGAAACAGGUCCUUAUUUUGACGCAAUUUGUAAUGAACUAUUAGAUGAAGCGGUGGUGGUGUAAUUGUUGACGCCCGCUUGUGUAUCGAGAGGUUCGAAUCCUAGUCAUGCCACAUGAGUUUGCUCCCCGGCCGAUGAGCGUCGGAGCUCGCUCCGUUUUUCAACUUUUUCGUCUCCACAUCUUUGCGUGUUGGGGGGGAAAUGUAUUCCAACAUUAGGAAGCAAAUAAAACCACAGUUUAAAAACAAUAAAAUAGAUUUUCAUUUAUUGUGAGACGAAAAAUACAACAAUGGGACUUAUAUACCUAAAAUGGUUAGUGGCAGACAGUCGAGUCAAAACAAUUGGUUAGGUAGCGCGGCCGGAGCCGCGUGCUACGCCUAGUAUAUGUCUUUCAUGGGGACUGUAACGAAUAUCAACCAAAUAGUAAUAUACACAAAACGAUACCAUGACCUCUCUAAUUCAUCGAAAUCAUAACUUAUAUUAGUAUUUAUUUAAACAUGUGAAGUUUCAAUAGUUUCAUUUUUUAACUAAUUUUUAAAAAGGCUUUAUUGAUUCGAAGCUAAUACUUAAUUACUUACAAGAUUGUUUAAUAGUUUUAUUAGUUGUCGCGUCACUCGUCCGCCGCUCCGUCGGGUCGCUGCCGGAGACAUGGCUCGCGUUGACGGACGACAUCGCAAAUAAAACGUAACAACUUCCAAUACCGCUACUAUGAAACGUUCUAUACAAAAUUGAACAUCGCCGAUUCGCUAGAUCGUUUUGAUUUUUAUUUAUUACUAAAAACAAGUGGGCGGCGAGCGGUGGUCCGCUCCGUGCGGCUCAUUCAACCCUUCACUAAGUCGAUUAAGUACAUGUCUUACGUUAUAAGUUGAAAAUGCCACUGCUGCGAUCCUACGUCGCCUAUGUCUGUGCGGCGCGCGCGUCGACGUGCGCACGCGUCCGUCACACGCAGUAACGUACGACACGCAUUAACGCACGCGCGCGCUGACGAACGCACGCGCCGACCUAUUGCUCAUAGAGAAAAAAUUCCAAAAUCAAUUCGUUACAUAUAUCUUGUUUAAUAAACUUGAAGUAUUUAUCAAUAAUCAAUAAGUACAUUAUAAUAAUUGAAUAAUUAGUAUUUUGUUUUCAUAAGAGACUAGCAUUACAAAUAAAUAUGUACCUUCAGCUAUACAAUUUAAUGUUUAUUUCUAUUUUAAACACUUUGAAGAUGUUUAAAGUGGACUACGUCGGUUUUUACACAAGAAUGCGCCGUUCCCGGUUCUUGUAUAGAAACUUUUCAGUUGAUGCGUCUACGCUUCGAGAUAUGACUUAAAUGUAUACUUAGACUUAGGGGAAAAAGGUUGUAAAAACAAAAAAGUUAUUGAAAUUUAUAACAAACAACUUAACUAAUACUUCAAUAAUUUAGUUCAAGUAUAUAAGGUGGCGGCGCGCGGCGGGCCCGGGAAUCACUCGGUCGUGCCAACAUGAUGCUCGCUACAAAUGAAACAACUUUAUACAAAAGGAUGAGGCGCAGCCCGCGCCCGCCCCCCGCCCCCCACAACAUGUCUUUGACAAAAGCAAUAUAAAACAUUUCAUUCCGUGUAAGAGAUGACACGAUGGUAUGCGAAAACUUUUAUUUUCAAAAAACACACGUCCAUUCGCUCGUCCUUGCGCUUAAAUCUAAAAUUAAUAAUUAGACAAUAUUUUUAUUUGUUCAACAGACGCGCGCGGUACGACGCGCGCGUAUAAUAAUAAAAUAUUUUCAAAACAAUCGAAUAAUUAAACACACUAGUUAACAAUAUAACUUAUGCUCAAGUACACCGGUGGAGCGAGCACGCCGCGACCGUACAUGUUCAAAAUCAAAUACGAAACAUCCUCGUUAUUUUAAAAAUAUGAUUUUAUACACGCACGUUAGCUAUAAUAUAACUAGAGCGAUGGCAGCGUCGAUUCGAAACGUCCGUGCGGCGUCCGCGCCGGCGUAAUACUGAUAUUAAUAGCUAAAUUAUUGCAUCGGUGAGCUGGCGUUAGCACUUCGGACCGUCGGACUUAACUGUACAGCGUGGGGGAUUCGGGGUAUGGUUGGGGAUCGGUGUUAGACGGCGGUCUCGGUGUGGCUGUGGCUGGAGAGACGCUCGACGUCGAUGUCGUGGGGCGCGAGGGUGUCGCGCGCCGCGUCGGCGUAGUCGAUGGAGGACGAGUGCGAGAACCGCUUGGAGAGCGCCGUCUGCUUCCUCAGCGCCUCGGCCAGCGCCGCGUCCGCCAGCGACCCGCGCGAGUCCAGCCCCUGUCGGAACGCGUUCACCACGCGAAUCUGCCCACAUACCAACACAUCGCUUUAUUUUCUGCCGCUUAAUGCUGCAGUGACGCUCUGAUUGAGGAUUCUUAGCUGGUAUUCAUAGCUGACGAGUUAUAGAUAAAACUUGCGAGAUACUUUCUUUUUCACGAAAAAUGGGACUGUAGAUAUUAUGUACUCGCGUCUUCUAAUAUUACAGUCUACUGUAUCUAUUCCAUAAGUAGAAGUGGUUAAGGGUUAUCAUACAAUACUUCAGAUUUUAUCUAUACCUCGAUUAUGUGUACUGUACUGCCAAGUCAAGUAGCUUUCUAUAACCAACAAGCAAACACGCAACAUAUCGUACCAUCUCAUUUAGAUUAAUAUACAAAUUAUUAGCAUAGCGUGGGCUCUACCAAUCAUAUUGGGCCCAAGUGGUGGGUAUUGGCCCAUCCUCCAUAUAUAUAUAGACAUCAGAGGGAUAUUAAAUAUAGCUGAUGAUUUUAGAGUAAAAUAGUAUAUUUGUUGUAGCGAGAAAGAGCUUAUACAUUGCGCAUUGACUGCAGGAAUUUCAUCAUAAAUCAUUAUAUUAACUUCACAACAUUAGUGACAAAAAAUUUUGUGAAAUAGAAAUAUCCUUUUGAAGCAGGUAAAAUUUUACGAAGUGUACCUAUUUGUAGGUGCAUUGAAAUUGCGCAGGAUUGGGCGCCAGAUGUUACUGAAUGUGAGAAAAGGUGCAACACAUUUGUUUGAUCUUGAUCAUAGAACAAAAAGUGUUAAAAUAUUUGCGUCGUAAAUAUAUUGUCAUUACAUGUCAUACAUUUACACACGCGAAGUCAAUAUUUUCAUGUGAUAAAGACUUUCUGAUUUACUACAAUAUUUUUUUAUUUAUAAAUAGUUACUUGGCCUGGCACGUUGUUAGUAAAAUAAUAUUAAACGUUUCCUUACCGUCGAAACGAUGGACAUUUAUGAAUAUUAUUUCCCCAAGAAACAUUUAAAUUGCAAUGAAUACCAGCUUAUUUAUUAGUGAUAAUGAUUCUCAGUACAGUAAUGGCUAACUGAACAUCAUUAUCCUGGUAAAUUAUUCAUUGAUUCGCGCACAUUUAUAAUGCUGCCUUCUAUGCAACGUCAUUACAAAUAUGAGCAACUAUAGCCAAUUAACGUUCGUUCUUGAUCUUUGUAAUUUGUCUAUGAUUAUGGUAAAUAAUAGUUUUAAAUCAGAGCGUCACAAAUGUCAGUGGCCAGUGUCUCCCGUUCGCUACUAGCGCCGCCGGCACUAGCGGCGAGUCGGGAGCAUGUUCAAACAUUAUUAUCGUCAAAUGAACAUAAAUUGAAGCACACCGAGCCAUAAAAAAGAGGCGAGAAAGCGUAGGUCAUUAAUCCCAGUCACAGAUCUGUUCGGAGGCCGCAUGCCAUGCAGUGGGCUCCCGUGACGUCAUCGAGACACUGCUCUGUAUGUUCCAGUGCGAGUUUGAAAUUCGAAUUCGACCGCAUACGUUUCGCAGCCAACCAAUCACGUUGCGUGAUAAAUGCGUCAGCAAUGUCAUCACGUAGUUGGUUGGUCGCGAGCACAGCU